GAAUUCCGUCAACAAAUGCAGGCACCCCCUGCUCCCUCCAAUCAGCGGAGCUCGUCACGGCGCUCCCGCGUCCCCGGUGCGUCACCGCCAUCCCGUGGCGUGGACGUCAAUUCCGCCCUAUAUAUCCGCGCGCACGCCGCGCCCAAACAUACUAAUCACCACGGCCCAGCCGGCGACUCGCGACUCGUCGCUGGCAACCACAGCCCACAGUACCACCGUCCGUCGAAGCCUCGCACGUGCGAUGGCCGGCGGGCGCCGCUCCGGCUUCGCCGCCGCGGCCCUGCUCCUCCUCGUCUUCACCGCCGGCUGCGGCGCGGCGCCGCAGGGCGCGGAGGUGACGGGGCUGCCGGGCUUCGACGGCGCGCUGCCGUCGAAGCACUACGCCGGGUACGUGACGGUGGACGAGAAGCACGGGCGGAACCUGUUCUACUACGCGGUGGAGUCGGAGCGCGACCCGGCCAAGGACCCCGUCGUGCUCUGGCUCAACGGCGGGCCCGGCUGCUCCAGCUUCGACGGCUUCGUCUACGAGCACGGGCCAUUCAACUUCGAAUCGGGCGGGUCGGUUAAAAGCCUGCCAAAGCUUCAUCUCAACCCUUACAGCUGGUCCAAGGUGUCUACCAUGAUAUACCUGGACUCCCCUGCUGGUGUGGGGCUGUCAUACUCAAACAAUGUUUCAGAUUAUGAAACGGGAGACCUCAAAACCGCGGCGGAUUCGCAUACUUUCCUUCUGAAGUGGUUUCAGUUGUACCCUGAGUUUCUGAGCAACCCGUUCUACAUAGCUGGGGAGUCGUAUGCCGGGGUUUAUGUCCCUACUCUUUCGCAUGAAGUUGUCAAAGGGAUACAAGGAGGAGCUAAGCCAACUAUAAACUUCAAGGGCUACAUGGUGGGGAAUGGCGUCUGCGACACUGUUUUUGAUGGUAAUGCUCUUGUGCCAUUUGCACAUGGAAUGGGUCUAAUAUCAGAAGAAAUAUACCAGCAAGCUUUUACGACGUGUGAUGGAAAUUACUGGAAUGCCAGUGAUGGUACAUGUGAAAGCGCGUUAGUGAAAAUCGACUCGUUAAUCAGCGAACUGAACAUUUAUGACAUUCUUGAGCCAUGCUACCACGGCAGAAGCAUCAAAGAAGCGAACCCACAGAAUAGCAAAUUGCCUACAAGUUUCAAAGAUCUUGGUACAACUAACAAGCCCUUUCCGGUAAGAACGAGAAUGCUCGGGCGUGCUUGGCCUCUGAGAGCUCCUGUAAAAGCCGGACGCGUUCCAUUAUGGCAGGAAGUUGCAAGUGGUGUUCCAUGCAUGAGCGAUGAAGUGGCAACGGCAUGGCUGGACAAUGAUGGCGUCAGAUCUGCAAUCCAUGCGCAAUCAGUAAGCUCAAUUGGGCCAUGGCUCUUAUGCACGGAUAAAAUUGAUUUCAACCAUGAUGCUGGCAGUAUGAUCAGUUAUCACAAGAACCUCACAAGCCAGGGUUAUCGUGCCAUCAUAUUCAGUGGUGACCAUGAUAUGUGUGUGCCAUACACCGGGAGUGAAGCAUGGACAAAAUCUAUGGGGUAUGGAGUUGUUGACUCAUGGCGACCAUGGUUCACAAACGACCAAGUUUCCGGGUACACCGAAGGCUAUGAGCAUGGUCUCACUUUUGCUACUAUUAAGGGCGCUGGACACACCGUUCCUGAAUACAAACCACAGGAAGCAUUGGCUUUCUACAGCCGUUGGCUCAAUGGUUCAAAGUUGUGAGGCUUGUGCCUGGCUGCGAAUAAUGGGGGAAUAUACUUCUGCAUACAGUCAAGAAUGAACAAAUGUUGAUUUGAAGAAAGAGUAUAGAUAGUCACAUACUCAAAUUUCAAAAAUAGCAAUUGGAACACUGCGUGUUGUAUUCAUUCAUGCAAAUAUAUUUGGUCGAUGCAGCUUUGAUAUUAUUGCUUUCA